AUUCACCUGUAUGCAGUCUACCGGGGUCAUCUUUCACCGAUAACUUUAGAAGACGAGUCACUUUGGAGUCAGAAAAUCUCAUUUAUUCUCAGACGUUGUUAGAUGUAAAAUGCAGGCUGCUAACAAAGUUGCCUUGAUAACUGGGUCGGGUAAAGGGCUCGGCAAGGCUUUUGCGGGGGCGUUACUCCAACGAGGAGCGAGAGUGUGUUUAUCUGACGUUGAUCCAAAGACACUUCAGAGUACAUAUGACGAAUUCGUGUCUCAGUAUGGACCGGAAAAUGUGUGCAGCAGCCCAUGUGAUGUCACAGUCGAAUCGAACCUUAAAGACGUGUUUUCAAAGACAAGACAGGAUUUGAAAGGCCUAGAUAUAGUCGUCAACAAUGCGGGGAUCGCCGACGAAAGCAAGUGGGACAAAAUGGUGGAUAUCAAUCUGAAAGGCGUGGUUAGUGGUACACUAAUGGCCAUGGAUGGCAUGAAACCAAACAAUGGAGGCAGGGGAGGGAUCAUUGUCAAUGUGGCAUCUAUGGCAGGACUUAUUCCUGUCGCCCAUGUUCCAGCGUACAGUGCAACAAAACAUGGCGUUGUGGCCUACACCAGGAGUUGGGCUAAACAUCCGGAAUCGACAGGUAACAAUAUACGAAUGGUUUGUCUGUGUCCUGCCUAUGCUCAAACUGACAUCAUAAAGAUGCACAAUCGCGCCGCACAAGGCGAAGACCUUGCCAAGGCUUCUAUAAUGGAACUGGGUGUCAUGAGUGUGGACACAGUCGUAACUGCAUUCCUGAAACUUUUGGAUGAUAGAGACAAUCACGGAAAAGCUUUAUCGGUGACAAGGGCGGAAGGGAUGCGAUAUUUUUAGUACAUCUGUGUACAAUAUUACAUCAACAUGUACAACUGUGUACAGUAUUACAUAAACAUGUACAACUGUGUACAGUAUUACAAUAACAUGUACAACUGUGUACAAU